CGUAGAACAAGAAAACACCGGAAGAGGAUGCUGUAGUUUCGUUUCCGAGUGACCUAUUUAGUUUCUCAUAUUAGCAACGCUUAUUACUCUUUAUGUCCAACAAUGGAGUCGUCGUUUAUUAACGUAACCGGGAGUUCGCAGGUCUCGAUGACGACUUUCUGAGUUUUGACCCGAGGAGAAACUACGAAGAGCGAGUUAGCGUCGCUAAGCUACUUGUUAGCCGCUGUGAUUUAGCUUAGCUGGCUGCGAUUAAAAUGAGGUGGCAGUCCUUAGCAGCUUUCUAAAUCAAUUUGUCUCAUAUUUGCUUUGUGUAGGCGCUGGCUCGCUUCUUAUAUAUUAUUAGCCGCUGUUUAGCUAUCUGAGCUUUGUGGCGUUCACGUUUGGAGCCCCCUUGGAUGUUCAGUGCGCACGUACUCAUCCGCCAGCCGUGAUAUUCUCUGGUUUUUACAGUCAGGAAGUGACUCCUCAGCCCCAUGUCUGCGGAGGCUUCCGCUGGCAGUCAUGCCCAGUCCGCUGUUUCCCAGCCCGCCCUGCACCACACAGACGAGCACCGGAGCCCGGGUCUGCUGGGGAGCAAGUACAUCAAGUUAAAUGUGGGCGGCUCUCUGCAUUACACCACCGUCCAGACUCUGAGCAAAGAAGACAGUCUGCUGCGGAGCAUAUGCAACGGAGGCACAGACGUCACCAUCGACCCGGAAGGUUGGGUGGUUUUGGAUCGGAGCGGCCGGCAUUUUAGUUUGGUUUUGAACUUUCUGAGAGACGGCUCGGUUCCUCUGCCAGAGGACCACAGAGAACUAGAUGAGGUUCUGAAGGAGGCCCAGUACUACCAGGUCCAGGGCCUCAUCCAGCACUGCCUCAGCGCCAUGCAGAAACAAAAAGACGUCUUUGAAACUGUGUGUCGCAUCCCCAUGAUCACAUCCCCCAAAGAAGAGCAGAGGAUGAUUGCUACCUGUAGAAAGCCGGUAGUGAAAUUGCAGAACAACAGAGGGAACAACAAGUACUCUUACACCAGCAACUCUGACGACAACCUGCUGAAGAACAUCGAGCUGUUCGACAAACUCGUGCUGCGCUUCAACGGCCGGGUGCUGUUUGUCAAAGACGUGCUCGGGGAUGAGAUCUGCUGCUGGUCGUUCUACGGCGAAGGCCGGAAGAUCGCUGAAGUUUGCUGCACGUCCAUCGUCUACGCUACCGAGAAGAAACAGACCAAAGUUGAGUUUCCUGAGGCGCGGAUAUUUGAAGAAACCCUGAACAUCCUCAUCUACGAGAACAGCAGAGGAUCUGGUCCGGGAGGCGUCCACCUCCUGGACUCCAGAGGCUCCGGGUCGUCGCUGGGAGCCGGACACUCGGAGGAGGAAGGCGCCACGGGAGGCGACAGACGCGUGAGACGGAUCCACGUCAGGAGGCAUAUAAUGCACGACGAAAGAGGCCACGGUCAGCAAACUGUGUACAAAGACUAGUAAUAAUGUGAAAGCAACGCGGAGGCACAGGAGAGUGAUGUCCGGUCUCUGUGUGUGGUGAAUGCUAGAGGUGUGAAAGAGUGAGCGAUGGCAGCAAUAGCUUUGGAUGUAGAUUUAGACGUCAGACGAGGGCAAAGGUGUCGGGGUUGAUUUGUAAUAGAGCUGAAAAAAAGAUGGCUUCUGUUUACAAGAAAACAAGUUGUGUACAUUUUUAAAUAGGACAUGUGUACAGUUACCUGGGAGUGAAACUGGCAUGAAUAACUUUUGAUAUGUGAAGACGCCUCCCGCAUGUUACUGAACGAUCCCACCGCUCUGUAGAUGUUUUCCUCGUGGCCCAGAGCAGACGCCUGCUGGUUGUGUGGGUGGGAGUGAUGUGCACUGGUUUGACCGGCGGCUUAUUCAGGACGGAGGACGGUGCAGCUGAACACUGGAAUAAAACAGAAGAGCCAUUUUUAGUGAGGUUGUCUGUGAAUGAGAUUGUUGAGUUAAGUUAUUACAGCUGUUGCUUCAAGAUGUUUUUUAUGAAUUAAUUUAUGAACCUAAUUUAUUGUUUGGUAUUUAACUUUUGUACUGAAUGCAGCCUUUGUGUUAACCAGUGCUCAAGUGAGUUUUCAUCUCUGGAAGGAUGUGUUGCUCCCUGCAGCACAGACCAGAGUGUAAAUGAAUAAAUCAGUAACUUACAUUUCACUUUCAAUUUCAAGAGGACCUGUGACCAUUUCUUUGAUGUAGAAUUUAUUCUGAGCCAUGAUCUUCUUUCUUUGUCUUAAACCAAACCUUUGGCCACACAGUGAGGAUGAAGGCGGUUCAUGCAGGGUUGUAUUUUCUAUUUUCCUCAGGGAGAGGAAACGUGUUUUCUUUCUAAUAUCGACUGGUGUAAACCUAAUCACUCUGAAUACUGAAAAGACGUAGAAUGAGAGCAAUAUGUAUCUGGGACCCUUUGCAAAAAUAAUAUGCACUAAUGUAACUUCCGUCCGAUAGUGGUCAAGGAGAUGUUUUGAAUAAAUUGCCUAUGAAAUCCA